GAGGAGGAUGUAAUAUCUAUAUGCAAAGUUGCAAACAAUUUUAAGAUACACAGAUACACUACCAUAGAAAUCUUUUUGAGAUACUAGUAUUGGAUUCUUGAAUUGUGUAUAUAAAAUAACUUCCUUACACAAAUAGCAAGUAUUUUGCAGUUCUUUAUCUAGAUUAGACACGUUUUGAAGUCUUAAUCGUCGCAUUUAUACAGUCAAAAUUUGGUUCCAACUUUUGGCCGCGGCCCAAAUUAGAAUUUGCGUAAGACCCACUAUUAUCCGGCCCAGUAUACACCGUAUAAGGGUUUUUCGUUUUAUAUAUUUUAUUCGCCGCCGUCUGUGUUAGAUUUUGAAAUUUUGUCUACGACUUGGGGGUGAAGUGUUUCUGCAUUUCUUGUACUCUUUUACGAUCUGUUUGAGGUGUUUGUUGGAAGUCAUGGAAGCAAAGGAAGAACGCCCUCGUCUUAAGUAUAACAAACUCCCUUUGACUCAGGAAGAAAUAAUACAAAAACGAGAGAAGAGAAAGCAAAGUAAUAGAGACUCGGCUAAAAGGUCUCGACUGCGCAGGCAGCUUGAGCUAGCACGUCUCGAGGUGCAAGUAGAGGUACUAAUCGAUGAGAAAAAAUUUCUCACAAAAGAGCUGAAGAGGAUUUCUGCCAAAUGUGAGAGGCUUGCAUCUCAUAAUGUUUCGUUAAAGGCUGAAUUAAGCAGGCAUAUUGGACCUGCCGAAGUUCCGGAAGUUAUUGAUGAUCUUCAAUCUGUGGCUGAUGAAGGUAGUAAUUGAAAACCUGAGAUAUAGCGUCGGAUAAGUCGCUUUUUAAGAUUCUAAAAUUAGGACGGGAAUUUGUUGCUUUCAUAUUCUUCUAUCGCGGUUUUGUUACUUUAUAAUGCAUAAAACCCUGUUCGAAUGCUGCUUGUUUUAACUUUUAAGAGGUUAUAUUGUUGGAAAGAACUUUAAGAAUUGUUGGCCUGUUUCAGCAG